AUGAGCGACCUUCGCGCUAUGCCUGGAUACGCUGAAAUGAAGGACUACUACAACGGUGACUAUGUUCCCUACGACUUGCUCACUCGCUACGACGCUCUCCAGCUGGAGCUGCGAAAGCGAAGGGAGCAGCACUUUGUGACGCUCUCGCAAGCGAGCGAUGUGGCGAUGUCCCACGACGGUCUCGCUGCCACAUCAACUUUGCCCCAGCUUGCAGUGAACUCACCGUAUGGGACAAGGCGGGCGAAUGAGCAUCAACAACAAGUGCUGCCGUGGAGUCUUCGAUCGCCGCACAGAGCCACGCGGCACCGCAGCGGCUCAUGGGGCAAAGGCGACUCUGGUGGUCAAAGGGCAAAUCGCCGUGGCAGUAUCCACCGCUGCAUUCCGCGACCAAGCAUGGAGCUGGAAGACAUCUACGCCGCGCGGCAGAGCAGCCCCAGCUGUAUCUUCGGCGCUGGCUCCCCCACCCAGAACUCUUUUCCUCUCGGCUCUUCAUCCCGACACAUCGCCCCUUCCUCGGCAUCCACCUCCCCCGAUGGUGCUGAUGCUGUGGCACAGCCGCCGACCGCGUUGUCGAGUAGUGCACUUCGGCGUCAUAGGCAACUGCCGAAGCACCGGAGCCAACCACUGGCAAAGGCCUACAGUGAGGAGCCUUCCCCAGGUGAUCCCUACGAGGCAGCGGCUGAGGCGCGUCGCCAGGAGCAAUUCCUGAGUGAAAGCAAGCGUCUCGGCAAGCCAUUUGUGCCGUCAGGGAGCAGUGGACUGGACGUGCCGACUCGUUUCAUGCUCGGCGACUGCGUAAGGAUGCUCUACCGCUCCAUCGCACCGGAAUGGCGGGUGGCGACGCCAGUAGUGGUCUCCACCGCCGAGGACCUCGUCGCAGUGUACUUCUCCCUUGACAAACUCUCCAAGGAGCGGGUCACGGCUCUGCUGCAGUACAUGAACGCAUCCCUCAAGUACAAUACCGCCGUUCGCGAAUUCCACCUCUCCAAGGUGGACGAAGGCUGGGACGUCCUGACCAACGACGGGUACGUCCUGUACACGUUUCGUCCUCCGUGGGUGAAGAAGCGCGUUUUUCUCCCUGACACAAUCACUCCGCCGCACGCACACGUUUGA